CUUCGGCGUCUUCGUCGGGUGGUGUCAGUCUUGAAUGUGCUCGAAUGUUUACUGGCGAAUGCAAUCUAACCUAUACAGAUUUGUUUACUAUAUCGGAUAUUCGUGGAACCGGUAAAAGUUAGGCAAAAAAAUUACUGAUUUAGUAAAAUCUUGGCUAAAAUCAUUACAUACAUUUCCACAAAUUUAGGCCGGAUCAGAUAUUUAUAAUAUAUUCACAGCUAUUUAAACAUGUUUUACCACAUUUCGUUAGAACAUGAGAUUUUGUUGCAUCCCCGGUACUUCGGUCCUCAAUUACUCGACACUGUGAAGCAGAAGCUCUAUACAGAGGUGGAAGGCACCUGUACAGGAAAAUAUGGCUUCGUCGUCGCUGUUACCACAAUUGACAAUAUAGGAGCUGGUAUUAUACAACCUGGACAAGGUUUCGUAGUAUAUCCUGUCAAGUAUAAAGCGAUUGUAUUCAGGCCAUUUAAGGGUGAAGUGUUGGACGCGAUUGUGACUCAAGUGAAUAAGGUUGGAAUGUUUGCUGAAAUAGGUCCACUUUCAUGCUUUAUUUCUCAUCACUCAAUCCCAGAGGAUAUGCAGUUCUGUCCAAAUGUGAAUCCAGCCUGUUACAAAUCGAAAGAAGAGGAUGUAGUUAUCCAGGCGGAUGACGAAAUUAGACUGAAAAUUGUGGGCACAAGAGUUGACGCCACGGGAAUUUUUGCUAUCGGCACAUUAAUGGACGAUUACUUAGGCCUUGUGUGCAACUAGUAUGUCUAUAAUCUGCUCGUGUUAAAAAACAAUUUAUUAUCUAAACACAAAGUUUUAUAUUCUGAAAACGAGUGUCUUAAAAUACUUUUUUAUAAGCAGCAUAAGAUGGUUAUAUAUUUAAUUCAACAAAAAAAGAUAUGAAAAUAUAGUAAUAGUACAUAAAAGCACAUUUGGACAAAAUGGUAACAAUUUAGGCACCUUCUAUAAUUUCCAGAAUGAUAAAAGCAUAAUAAAUUGGAAUAAUUUGUAGGAAUUGUAAAUUAUGAUAGACAAUAUUUAUAAAAUAAAAUUAAGUACGAAAAAUUACAUAUAUAUAUAUGUAUAUAUUUAAGAAAUAUUGCUUCAAUGUAAUUUAAUUCUUAUGUGUUAUUAACAAUCCACAGAAGCGAAGCAAAUAGAUGCUAUGUUAUACAGAAUGCUUCACUAACUCUGUUAAACAAUUAUCUUUCAACAUUUUUUCAAAUAUACUGUAAUAUAAUUGUCAUAUCUUUUUACAGAAUUACUAAUGCAAAGUUAUUUGGACAUUGCUAUCAUUAAGAUAAUUAAAAACUCAGAUGUAGGUAGUUUGUAAUUAUACAAAGAUACUGUUUAG